AUGUGGCAGCCUUUCAUGCCUGUUCUGCUCCUUCUCCUGCAUAUGAAAGGUUACAUGUCGAUGACGGAUUGUACAUGGGUAGCUGUGGUCAACGACUUUGAACACCUUGGGGGUGACCGGAAUAUCUUCUUCAAGCAGCAUAAAAUUCUCGAAGUGACUCAGGUCUUCCAGGAACUAGUGGAUUCAGCCAUUGACCCCAAGGACAAAGAUGCCAAGUACCUAGGAUUUCCAUAUUACCUGAAAAUUAAUCUGACCUGCAGAAAUCUGAACUCAGCUGUGACUCUUCGGACAGCCCAUUACAGCGGCUUGAGGCCAAUCGUGACAGUCACUUUUCAAGAACCUGUCCACUCUGUGCGUCAGAAACAAGAACAGCUACAGAUCAAAAUGCUGGCUGCUCCGUUUAGAUUUCCAGGCUGUGAGAGCGAGGUGGUCUGCAGGAUGGCCUGGUACACCCCAAUGCCCUUCAUGAAUGGCAGUGUCGUGAUGAAUGUGCUGGUGGAAAGCAAUGGCCUUGGUCUGCCUAUGGAAAGCAAGAGGUUCUCCAUCAACAUCAAUGGCUAUGCGGAAGCAAUACAAAAUGCGGUUGUGUUCACCAUCGGAGAGAAGCUGAAAACCUUGAAGGACUUUGUGUCUCUGAGAGACCCGUCCCGUCCUUUAUGGCAUACCCACCAACGAGCCCCCGUGCUGAUUCUUGGCGGAGUCCCCGAGAACAAGAUCGUCUUCCUUUCGGAUACAGAGUUUGAAGAUUUCUUUGCGAUAGAGGUUGGCAUUGACAGCUGCUGGAUCGGCUCCCUCUCGUGCCCACAGAAGGCCUUCUCCUCCUCCAUCUCUGAUACCAUCGCUACCGAGAGCACCCUCUUCAUCCGGCAGAACCAGCUGGUCUAUUACUUCACGGGACAUUACCCGAUUUUGUAUAUGAACAGCUCAGGUUCUGAGCUGUGGACACGCAUCUUGAACAACGUCUGCGUGAAGAAGUUAAAUCCAGUGUUUUUUGCUAAGAACGACACUGAAUACGUGAUUGCCCUUGGGGGCGGCUGGCAGGACGGACACUUCUUUCUUCUUACAGUCAGAGACGGAAUUGUGAAGGCCUCUGGCUCUCUGAAGACUGACAAGGACACAGUAUGCACGUUCAUGAAAUUUGAAAAGUGUUCUAUCUUGUGGGCCCUUUUCUCUACAAAUGAGAACAAAUUCUAUUUGCUGGUGCACGAUACGAAGACGGAUAAUCACUCUAUUGUGGCGUACUACCAAGCAGAGAAGUAUUUUGAAAAGGUUUAUGCCAUCCCUACGCAUGUUCCCAAAGCCUCUGAUAAAGGGUUUGUGAUGCUGUUGGGACUAGAGCACUAUACAAAUACAGCCCUCACCCCCAGGGGUUUGGCUUUGAACCCCAGCAGUAAGAUGUUCUACGUCUGGGGCAAUGUCAUCUUGCAAAGCAACGACAUGGUGAGCUACAUAUACCUCUCCAACUUCCCAAGCAACUCCCCGAUCAAGUAUUUUGUUCUGUCCUUUACUGGGAGGAUUGCCUUUGUGACGGACCAAGAGGAGGUCUGGCUUUCCAAUGAGAGCGGCACAGACAUCUUCAAAGUAUAUCCCUCGCAAGCCUGGAAUGUGUACAAUACCCUGCAGGUGAUGGAAGGCGCCCCUAAUUAUGGCUCGAACUUGAAGCAUUCCAUCGUCAGCAUUUUCUUCGACGCAAAUGGGAUGCAAGAGCUGGUUUACAUAGAGGAGUCUGUCGGCAAAGGCAGAGUGGUCAAGAGAAAGUUCCCUCUGAAUUAUAUCCUGACCUAUGACCAGUUGAUCAGCACCCCUCACAAGGAGGUGACAGUCGAUGGACAGAAUUACAUCAGAUUCACCCACCGCUGCCCGUUCGCCGUGCAUCGCCUGGUGGACCUGCCCCUGACACAGCGCUUUUCCCGAAUGGAACAUUACCGAGCCAAUCCCCCGGAGAUCAUGGAGAAAACCGGCUUCCAUGACAAGAGGUCCCUGACGGUUUACCAGGGGCUGAUCUACCAGUUGCUCCAGUUACACUCCUCUUACCACCGUUCUUAUGCUGACCCAGUCCAUGACCCCACAUGGCGUUGGUGGAAGAACAAGAAACAGGAUGCGGAAUAUUAUUCCUACAUGGCAAGUAACUGGAAAUCUUCCGGAGGUAUGUACGUUGACAUGGCCAACUACGUCAAGAUCUACAACCUGAAGCCCAAUAACAUGCUGCCAGAGAGUAUCUACCUGGACAAGAAGACAGCCUUCACCUUCAAUGUCUACCUGAGCAUCAGGACGAGCAAGCAGAGCAUCGGGGAAACGGCGGAUGAGAAUUCCCUCCAUUACAUCUGGCUCACCGCCAUAUUAUCCCAUCCCGAGUAUGUCCAUGCAGAUCUGGACAGGCAGGAGCUCAUCAGCAGGGGCUCAGUGCUGUAUCGGGUGACGAUCAGCGACAUUGGCAUUUACCCCCGGCAGCAGCUCAGUGGAAAGAACCUUCUGAAGAGCUCUGUUAAUUUUAAGAUCGCACACUCGGGGAUGAGCUGCUAUGAAUACACUGGGCAGGGACCACGCCUGAAGGGCAACAGUAUGGUGCAGAUUAAUAUUGGAUGCCCUCCGGGCAAGAGGCUGGCAUUCGACAUCACGUACACCAAGAAUUACACCGCCGAGAAGAACAAGCGCUAUUUCGACUGUGUCGCAUCAGACCCUGAAAUGCCAUGCUUUUAUUUCAGUGAUGUGUUCUAUCCUUUCUUCUUGAUCCAAGACAUGGUGACCGGAGACUCGGGGCGCUUCAAUGGGAGCUACAUCUUCUCGAUCAUUGGCGGGGGACCCUUUAAUUUGCAAAACAUCAAAUAUUUCACUCCAGAGGAGAUCUUGCGUUACAACACCGCAAAUGGCAGUGAAACGUCAAGUCUGAUCUGGCUUAGAGCUGACUUUGAAAACCAAAGGAACCCCGAAGGUUUCCAUAUCCUCUCUCAUGCCUACUCGGGAAUCGUGUGGGUUUGCCAGUAUAAUUCUCCAUGUUAUGAUAUCAUUCCUGACGAUAUGUCUGCUCCCGAUUACUACUUUGUGGUGAAGGUCUCAAAUCGGGGUGUCGACCAAACCACCUACUGCGACUACGCCCUGGAAUUUAUCGUCCACAUCCACGGCCUGCGCCUCAGCGCCACCCGCUCCCUCUACUUCCUGAAGAUUUCCAUUGCUGUGGUGCUCGCUUUGGUUCUUCUGUACAUUCUGAUCUACACCAUGGGCCCCAAAGUCCGGGUCUUCUUCAACAGAACGUGCCGGAGACUGGAGGAAGCGUUUGCUUUUCGGGCCGAAUCCAGUCUCACCUUCUCGUCUUCAUUCACCAGUCAGGGAUCCCUGCAACAUCUGCCCUCUGAAUUCAGCCACAGCAGCGCGCCGCAGUCGUCCUCCAAGGCAAACUCAACCCCGUUGGGAGCACAGUAAGCCCAGCUGUGGCUCGCAGCCGCAGCUCUGUCUGGUGUGCUGUCCUUACUUGGCUCUCCCUCCUCCGUCAUGCCAGGGGUCCUCUUCACUUGCACUUUCCACACCCAGCAGUUUCCCAGAGUUAACUAAAAAGUAGCCAGCUUGGAGAGAGCAGCCAAAUGCCUUCUGGAUCUCUUGACAAAAAUGCAGGGAGCAGCCGUACAUCUUGCGUGCAGAUGUUCCCAGGAAAUGAGUCCACAAAUAUUUGUGUUUCAAUAAGAUGGCCUGUGAGCAAGCCGCUGGAUCCGCACAUUCACAGGAGGGAUGUGAAGGAGCCAUGGGCUUUGCUCCAGAAGCUGUCCAUUAUCUGUAAAGACCAGUUUGUGGGGGCUCUUCAGAGACUCUCUCACCUUAAGGAGCGAGCUUAUAACAUGUUGUGGAAAUGUCUUUUUCAUCACAAGUGGGAGGACUCUUAAUGAAAAACCACAUCCUUGCCUUCAUGUGUUAAUUUGCUGUUCUCCACAUGCUUUCUGGCCCUCCAGGGCAAUAUGCAUCCUUCUCUAACAGUGUAUGAAUGUUAUUCCCUUGUUCUCUGCUUUCCCUCUUACCAUAUUUCUCCUGAUGUUGUAAACCAGGCAGUGUCAAGAGGGUAACAGUUAAAAAAGAAAAAAGAAGCUGUUAGACUGUGGGAAUGCCAAUUACCUGAUCCUAGAUGGACUGUUCCCUGACCUGUUUUGAUUUAUCCAAAUGCCCAUGGAUAGGUCAUUUGUAAUGGAUGGAAACCCCUUGCAUCUAUUUCUAGAACUUGAAAAGGAGAAUAGUUUUUUUUUAAGUUUUCUUCUUACUUGUGUGUGCUUUC